GAUAACUUUUAUAAACAACUUCCGACUACAAAUAUAAUAGAUUCCGACAAAUUAACAGAUAUGGAUGAUAUGGGGAAUUCCAACGACGAGAGACAGAAGACAUUUUUAUUAAUAACUUGCUUAAAUUUGAAUGGAGCGUCCAAGGAUAUGAUUAAUUACAGAAUAUCAUGCUUCAAAGCGAUGGAAGGCAUGUACAGUAUUGCAAAUUUAGAAAGAAGUCCAAUGCGAGGCUAUUUUAUAGGUAGUCAAAUUGAAGGCACUACACUUAUCGGAUCCGAGUCGGAUGAAGAUAUCAUGUUCGUAAAUGAGGACAUAACUGUUAUUUGUGAAACAGAUAGACAUGAAGUGGAUCAAUUAGGAGAGCGUUUAAAUAGAUUUCAUAGCACACAGAUUAAAUCAAACAUUCCGAUUGGUGUUAUUUUGGAAAGUGAAGAAACACCUGGAUAUGUAAAAAUUAGAGUUGUCGACGCCAAAACAUACAACCCUUUAACAGAAUGUGAUACAAAUCCAAUAUCACACCUUUGCUAUACUGAUUCCAAGGGAUUUCUCCUCUUAAGUACAGAAAAACUGAAAACAAGAAUUGGAACUGCUACUUCGGAAAGAUAUAGGAAUGGUCCCGCCAUGACAGAAACAUCUACGAAAGAGUUUCAUUCUUCAGACCUUGUAUAUGGGCUAUUUACCAAAGCUUGGCCGAAAUCGGCGGAUGAAUGGCUAUCAAGAAAACGAAGAUAUCCAUGGCCACCGACGAAUAUCACAAAACUUGUUUACGACGGUUGUUUUCUUGUUCCAACUGGGUCUUCUUAUGAAUCUGAAACAAUUUGGAGACUUUCGUUUGUUCAGAUCGAAAAAGAAAUGGUUUGGGCUUGGUCAGCUAUUCAGUAUAAGUGUUUUAUGCUUCUGAAACUGAUUAAAAGAAGCAUAAUACAACCAGCUAUACCAGAUGUAAUAUCAUCUUAUCAACUAAAGACAAUAAUGUUUUGGGUGUCCGAGGAAACGGAUCCAAUGUUUUGGAAAACAAAUAAUAUUAGAGAAUGUUUUACUCGAUGUUUUGAAUUUCUUUUGGAAUACGUACAAAAAGAAAAUUGUCCACACUAUUUUGUCAGAACAAACAACCUUUUCCGAGGAAAAUUAAAUAGGAGUUUAAAAGAAGAGCUGAUUUGUCUUUUAUUUCGAAUUUUACAGAAUUUUUGGACUGAGGUGUUUAAAAUCCCCAGUCUGCGUGAAGUAAGCGAAAACCUAGAAGAAGGAGAAAUUGAACGUUACGGUGAUGUGCUAACAGCAACAAUGCGACACCCAGAGUUAUUAAAAGAAAUAAUGAAUUUGUAUUUCAGUGUUAUCAUCAGCUUUGCGACAUCAGCAAUGAAGCCAGCCUUUAAGUUCCUCAGGAAAAAUGACAUCGAUGUGGCUAUCAAAAGGCAUCAUGAAUAUCGUUUGCUUAUAGCAAGAUUUUCCUUGACAGAUCCAGAACAUCUUGAACUUGAGCAACUUAUUAAUCGUUUAAUCGAUAUAAGUUUGGGGUCACAGUUGAAUUCGAAGGCCUGCAAAACCGAAGAUAAUAUAGAAAAAACAAAAUUGAUACAUGAAGCAGAAAUGUUAUUCAAACGUGGCAUCAACCUAGACACUGCGUCUGGUAGGCUAAAACUAGCAACACUGUACUUCUGUCAAGGCAAAUAUAGAAGUGUGUGCAAUCUUAUCAAAGAAGUUUCGACCACUGAAGGAGUGUUUCAAUUGAACGGAUUUGAACCACAAAGUCCAGAUAUUUCUUUCCCUUAUGCUCUUCGAAUUAUUUCUGAACAGCCCAGCCUUGCAUCAACAUUACGAGACCAUGCGGCUCUGGAAUUAGUGUUUUUACCAUCAGAAAUUAACUCGGCUCCAGAUCCAAUUAAGUUUGAAAUAAAUCGGGCAGUACUAGCAGAAAAUGAAUGUAGUCUCGAUAAUCCACUAAGUUGGGCUGCUUUUGAUGCUGAUUUUUAUACAUUGCUGUUAAAGUUUCUGAUUCUGCACGAGCAAAAUGCAUACCAAGAAAGAAAUGAAACUCUUUCAAAGCUUCGCGAAUAUGUCAAAAAAACAAAUUCGUUUUACAGGAGAAUUUCGGCCAUGAAUAUUGUUGGAUACUGUCUUCAACUUGUAGGAGAAGUUCAAUGGGCUCUUGAUGUGUUUCUAGGCUCCCUUGUCUUAUAAAGAACUCACAAUUCGGCAAUAUGGCAUCUGGCGCUUCUUGUGUGGAAUGUAUACAACUCAUCCAAAUUGUAAAAUGAAAAAGAGGGAAUUUAAGUAUGCAUGUUCCCCCAGUGACUAUAUAUAUUACAAGGACUAUUAGUAAACAUACUAAAUACCAAUUUUAACAUUAAUUACAGCUUAUGUAAGAAUCCUGGGUUUUGAUUGGUUUAUAGCCAGUGAAUUUUUCACCAAUUUACUGUUAUCAAAUGAAUAUCGUUCAUUUUUUAACGCCGCCGGGGUAUAUGCAAAAAGGAUAUGCCUUUUUUACCCUCUCUGCCGUGGUAUUUGCCAAAAAAUACUCUAUCCGACUGGACGCUUGUAACGUCACGAUCAUCAAUGCGUUUCUGAACGUUAACAUUCGGUGUAAUUAAACAGAUAUAGCAUGUUCUGGAGGGGUAUUUGCGAAAAAUACCAGUCUUGAGAAUGAAUUUCCCUCGUCUUACGGCUCGCGAAAUUUAACAUUCUCUUGACUGAUAUCUGUUCAGAAUACCAUUUCAUUUUGAAUACACGAUCUACUGUUUAUUUCACCAACGUACAACAGUAGACAUGUAUGGGAAGCUACUCAAUAGAUGUGAACCUAUCACAGCAAAUGUAUAUUAGGUAUGUUUGACGAUUUGUAUAUAGAAACAUUUGCACAAUGUCCAUAUAAUGACUAGAAAGUGAAAAAAAAAAAUUCUUUUGAUACUUUGAUAUAUGGUGGCAUUCAUGGAGUUGUAUUUCACAGUUCCCAUAGCAACAGUAAAAUUAUAUUUCGAAACGGUGAAAUGUAAAUAUUUGUUUUUUACAAAGUGCUUUUUCGGCCAUUUGACUUGAAUAAAAAGAUAUAUGGUAUAUAAGUAAAAUGAUUUCAAACAACCUGAGAUAACUGCUUGGUUUAAAUGGGGUUCAUGUUGCUUAGUUUUUAGUUUUCUAUGUUGUGUUUUGUGUGCUGUUUUGUUUGUCUUUUUGGUCUUUUUUUUUUUGCCAUGGCGUUGUCAGUUAAUUUUCAAUUUAGGGAUCUUUCGCCUCUCUUCUGUUUUAUUCUACUUAUCUAUGAUAGUUUUCGAGAUAAUAGGUAAAGCUAAAAGUUAAACUUAGUCACACAUUGACAUUUAAGACCAAUAACUCUUAUGAGGAGUCAUCCAAUGGUAUCAGUUACUAGUAUAUAAUCAUUUCUGCAAAUUUUGUAUUGCUAAUAUUUUUGUUUUGAUGUUUUACAGGUUCUACCUUUCUAUGAUAUAAAAAUAAGAAGAUUGGUUACGAUAGCCAAUGAGACAAAACUGACUCCACCAGAGACCAAAUGACCUAGAAGUUAGAAACUAUAGGUCACUUUACGACCUUCAUCAAUGAGCAAAACCCAUACCGCAUAGCAAGCUAUAAAGGGACCCGAAUUGACAGAUGUAGAACAGGUCAAACGAGAAACCUAACGGCCUGAUUUGUGUACAAAACAAUUUUAAGGGCAAUAACUCCUUAAUUGGUCAUCUGAUUGGUUUUGGUUAUUCAGCAUUUUUGAAGAUGCCGUAUGGCUGUAACUACUUCAGCAUUGCUCCAAUGGUUUCAGUUAUAUUUGUUUGUUUUUGUAGAUCUUGUAUUGCUAAUUAUUUUUGUUGUUUGCAAUUUAUACAUAUCUACAAAUAUUUUAUUGUUUUUUGAGAAAACCAAUAUUAGCAUUAUUGUACAUGUAUAUCUUGUUUUGCAGAUAAUAUAUGAUAGUUUUCGCUUUAAAUUGUAAAUAGACUAUCACUUUAGUAUUCAUUCGUAUCAAUAUUAAGUCUUAUCAUAAUGACGAUGCUUUUAUUUCGAUUAAAUCUAUGAAAACAUAGACUCAUAUAUAUUAGUAAACGAUAACCACGUGGAAGCAUUUUAUUCUGGUAUUUGCCUUCCAAAACUUUUUAGGUCUACGAAGUGUUUGUAAUGGUAUUUCAAGAACUCAGGGUUGAACGCAUCAAAAUAGUAUCAUGCAACAUAUUGUCUCUAUUCAGAGUGUUCAUUAGAAAUGUAGAAAUAAAAACGGAAAAGUUUAUCACUAA